CCAAUCUUUGGGCAAUCUUCGUAUAUAAGCCCUGCAUUAUGAUGCUUCAAAAAAAUUUCGAUGCGCACAAUGCAACUAUUUUACCUCGUGCUCGUGAUUCUAGCUCCGCUCAUGCUUGUGGAAGCAGCACCAGUAUCGGAAGUACCACCAGCACCAGAAGGCGAUGUGAAUCCGCAAGGGAUUCAUUUUAGUUUACCAUCCAUUACUUUAAACUUUCCGGGUUGAAUGCAGAGUGGAACAUAAUAUGGACAAGGACAACGACAACAAUUUUCACUAAUUUAAAUUAUUCUGUUGUAUGGAACAGAAAAAAUAAAUAUUUU